CAUACUACUAUUUCCAGGGUUUCGGUUGCGGAUUUUCAGUCUGUGUCGCGUCGUCGUGUGGCGAGCGGGCAUUGGCAGGCAUGGUGAUGGGUGACAGACGAGACAGCCGCGAGGUGUUGACGAUAUUAUUCCUGUGUAUAAUGUGGUACAUCGUGUCGAGCAGCAACAAUGUGAUCGGCAAGAUGUUGCUAUCCGAGUUCCCGUUUCCAAUGACUGUGACGAUGGUGCAGCUAACCUCAAUCACCGUUUAUUCCGGCCCGUUUUUCAACCUCUGGGGCGUCCGAAAGUACGCGGCUGACAUAUCCUGGCCCUAUUACUUUCGUCUGAUCGUGCCCCUCGCCCUCGGCAAGUUUUUCGCAUCCGUAUUCAGUCACGUCAGUAUUUGGAAGGUCCCGGUCUCCUACGCCCACACUGUAAAGGCUACAAUGCCCUUCUUUACGGUGGUUCUGUCGAGGAUAAUUCUCCGUGAAAAGCAGACCAACACAGUCUACCUCAGCCUCGUUCCAAUCAUUGGAGGAGUAGCGAUCGCCACUCUAACAGAACUCAGUUUUGACAUGACGGGAUUGCUCAGCGCCUUAGUCGCUACAAUGGGUUUCUCGCUACAGAAUAUAUUCUCAAAGAAGGUAUUACGUGACACAGGGGUUCACCAUUUAAGGCUUUUACAUAUCCUUGGACGACUGGCUUUGUUUAUGUUCUUGCCAGUUUGGUUGAUGUAUGACUUCAGAAGCCUUCUGCACGAUCCUGUGACCGGGACUAACGUCGAAGUCAGUUAUAAAGUAUUAAUGCUACUUUUUGCCGACGGUAUUUUGAACUGGCUUCAGAAUAUCAUUGCUUUCUCUGUACUGUCUAUCGUCACGCCGCUUACUUAUGCUGUAGCCAGUGCCAGCAAAAGAAUAUUUGUAAUUGCUGUCAGUCUGUUCGUUCUGGGCAACCCAGUCACAGGACUUAAUGUCUUAGGCAUGACUAUGGCCAUAUUAGGUGUUCUUUGUUACAACAAAGCUAAAUAUGAUCAAAGAAAAGCCAAAAAGAAAGAAGCUUUGCUGCCAAGGUACAGUUUUCCCAUUCGCAAUGGCACCACUCCGUUUAUGGUCAAUGGCUGGCAAAAUGACAAGCAUCAAUUGCAUGCCGUUUAGUUUAAAUUAAAUUGUAAUUAGUUAUUUAACGUUGCAGAAUUUUUUCAAAUCUUUCCCUAGGCACAAAUAAAUUCAAGCCCGCCAAAUAAAUGUUUAACAGUGAACAAGAAAAAAGAACAGUAUUUCAUCAUCAGUCUUAUCAAAACUGUACUCGAAAUAACAGUGUAACUUUUCUUUCAUCUAUUGAUAUAUAAUAUAGAAUAUCCAGCUAAAUGCUUAUUAAAUAUUAAACACCAGCUUUAUCUAUUGUUAGGUUGUUAGAUAGUGCAAAAGAAUUCUCAUAAGUUUGUGCCUAAAAAAAGAACUACAUUCGGGAUAAAAUAUUUAUUUUUAGUUGUAAGUACGUACCGCGAUCAAGCUGGGUACACAAGAUAUUAAACGGACAAAUCUUAUCUACGAUAAUUAUAUUUGACAAAACACGAAUGAAGUGUUUACAGACAAUUGUCGAAAGACAAGAUUUCGUUUACUAAUGAUAUUGGACAAUUUUUAAAUAGAAUGUACAGUUGUAUGAGAGAGAGAACAAGAGGGAGAAUAUGUUACCCUUGUGUGUAUGGACGGAGAGAGUGCAGAAGAGAGGAGUUGAUUUUAGCUCAAAACAGUCUGUAAUAUAUAUAUUUUUUAUAAAUAAACGCACGCGUACAAAAAUA